AUGGCUCUCCCAGACGAUCGCCCCGCCCUCUGUGUUCGCACCCACAAGAACAAGUCGAAGAUGGCCAGGCGUGCACGCCCAGUCGCAGAACCAUCCGUCCUGGGCCCUCUUCGCCUCAUCAUGGUGGUGGACCCCCUGCGUGUGCACCGCAGCCAGCAGCAGCUCUCCGCUGCACUCGUUCACUUCGCCACGCACGUCUCACUCGCACUGCACGAGCUUCUCCCGUCGCGUCUUUGGCGCAGCCGACAAGUCCCCCUUCAGGACAGCGGCCUGUGA